ACACAUAGAGAACUGGCGAGGUCUGCACACGCUGAAUGCCGUGGACAUGGAGCUCUACACCGGCCUCCAAAAGCUGACCAUCAAGAACUCAGGACUUCGGAGCAUCCAGCCCAGAGCCUUUGCCAAGAACCCCCACUUGCGCUAUAUAAACCUGUCGAGUAACCGGCUCACCACACUCUCAUGGCAGCUUUUCCAGAGGCUGAGUCUUCGGGAAUUGAGAUUGGAGCAGAACUUCUUCAACUGCAGCUGUGACAUCCGCUGGAUGCAGCUGUGGCAGGAGCAGGGGGAAGCCAAGCUCAACAGCCAACACCUCUACUGUAUCAGUGCCGACGGCUCCCAACUGCCCCUGUUCCGCAUGAACAUCAGCCAGUGUGACCUUCCCGAGAUCAGCGUGAGCCACGUGAACCUGACCGUUCGAGAGGGUGACAACGCUGUCAUCACGUGCAAUGGCUCUGGAUCACCUCUGCCCGAUGUAGACUGGAUAGUCACUGGACUGCAGUCCAUCAACACCCACCAGACAAAUCUGAACUGGACCAACGUACAUGCCAUCAACCUGACCCUGGUCAAUGUGACAAGCGAGGACAACGGCUUCACCCUGACGUGCAUUGCGGAGAACGUGGUGGGCAUGAGCAAUGCCAGUGUGGCCCUCACCGUGCAUUACCCUCCGCGCGUGGUGAGCCUGGAGGAGCCGGAGCUGCGCCUGGAGCACUGCAUCGAGUUCGUGGUGCGUGGCAACCCUCCGCCCACGCUCCACUGGCUGCACAACGGACAGCCGCUGCGGGAGUCCAAGAUCACCCACGUGGAGUACUACCAGGAGGGCGAGCUGUCCGAGGGCUGCCUGCUCUUCAACAAGCCCACCCACUACAACAACGGCAACUACACGCUCAUUGCCAAAAACCCGCUGGGCACAGCCAACCAGACCAUCAACGGCCACUUCCUCAAGGAGCCCUUCCCGGAGAGCACGGAUAACUUUGUCUCUAUUUACGACGUGAGUCCCACACCCAUCACUGUGACCCACAAACCGGAGGAAGACACUUUUGGGGUGUCCAUAGCGGUGGGACUUGCUGCUUUUGCCUGCGUCCUGUUGGUGGUUCUCUUUAUCAUGAUCAACAAGUAUGGUCGACGGUCCAAAUUUGGAAUGAAGGGGCCUGUGGCUGUCAUCAGUGGUGAGGAGGACUCAGCCAGCCCGCUGCACCACAUCAACCAUGGCAUCACCACGCCCUCAUCGUUGGAUGCCGGGCCAGACACGGUGGUCAUCGGCAUGACCCGCAUCCCGGUCAUUGAGAACCCCCAGUACUUCCGUCAGGGACACAGCUGCCACAAGCCAGACACGU